AUGACGGAACUACUCAUCAAGGAUAGUGACUUGGAAUCGUUGAACGACAAGGUGAUAGUCAUUACCGCACUGAUCAGUUCGUCGCCGCGUACAGGUGGAUCAUCCGGGAUUGGUCUUGCAACAACUCAGAUACUGCUCUCCUUGGGCGCAAAGGUGGUGGUCGGAGACCUACAAUGUCCAAAAGAUGGCUUCUCACACCCGAACUUGAGCUUUCACCGCACAGACGUGACGAUCUGGAAGGACCUCGUUGCACUCUUCAAUGCUGCAAAAGUGCAACACGGCAGGAUCGACCAUGUGUUCGCAAAUGCUGGUAUUUCUUAUGCAGCAGACUACCUCUCAACUGAGACGGAUGAAAACGGGGACCUGAAGGAGCCUACUUGGAUCUGUGAAGAAGUGUGCUUGAAGGCCUGUAUCAACACUGCGACUCUCGGUAUCUUUCAUAUGCGGCCUGAUCGAGGUGGGCACGGAGGCAGUAUCAUCGUCACAGCCUCAAUCGCGGCCUUCACCCACUACCGUGGAGUCGACUAUACUGCCAGCAAGCAUGGCGUACUGGGGUUCAUGCGUGGGAUGCAUACUCUGCUGGGUGCAGCAGGCCUGCCUAUUCGGAUCAAUGCCAUCGCUCCAUCCUGGACGUAUUCAGGUCUCGUUCCUCGCGAAUUGCUGGACGUGGUCGGCGUCCAGGGACAGCCUCCCGAGGCUGCAGCACGAAGCGCACUCAUUCUCAUGGCGGAUGGCACACGGACUGGGCAGCUCAUGCAUUCAGCUCAUGAGCGCUUCAAGGAAAUUGAGGAGUCUAUCUUCGCGUCCGCUGUCUUGCAAGUCAUAGGUACUGAUGAACCUACCGAGGACGAGUACUCGCUAUGGCUUUGA